AUGCAUGCACCAGCACCACCAGUGCUUAUGCUUGUUGACAUUGAUAUUGCGGGUAUGGUGAGUUUGGUGACUGGAGGUGCAUCAGGCUUAGGUAGAGCCACCGUUGAGAGAUUCGUUAAGAAUGAGGGAAAAGUUGUAAUAUUGGAUAUUCAAGGAACAAGAGCGCAAGAACUUGCUAAAGUCCUCGGAGAGAAUGUUGCUGUUUCUGUUGGUUGUGUGUCAUCAGAGGAUGAUGUAAAAAAGGCUUUGGAAUUGACAAAAACAAAAUAUGGCAGGCUAGAUACAGUGGUCAAUUGUGCAGGCUAUGCACAAGCACAUCAAGUAUACAAUUUCUACAAAGACCAGGAAUGUGAAAUGAGUGAUUUUAUUAAAUGUGUCAAUACCAACACAAUAGGCACAUUUAACACAAUUCGAUUAGCAGCUGGUUUGAUUGGAAAAAAUGACCCAGAUAAUAAUGGACAGAGAGGUGUUAUUGUUAACACAGCUUCAACAAUAGCAUACGAUGGUGAUAUUGGUCAAGCAGGCUAUGCUGCGUCCACGGCUGCUAUUAUUGGAAUGACAUUACCAAUUGCUAGAGAUCUAGCAUCUAGAGGCAUCAGAGUGGUUACUAUUGCACCAGGUGUAUUCGACACACCUCUUGUGUCAUAUUUACCGGAAAAAAUGAUUGAGUUUAUAAAACGCAUGACUCCAUUUCCUUCAAGACUUGGAAAACCAGAAGAAUUUGCACAUUUAGUUACCAGCAUAGUAGAGAACCCCAUGUUAAAUGGCGAAGUUAUUAGAUUAGACGGAGCGCAGAGAUGGUUUCCUUUA